CGGCUCCGCGGUCCCGGCCCCGCCCCGCUGCGCGCCGCCGGCUGCUGGUCAGGGCGAGCGAGCGAGCGGGUUCUCAUUUAACAUGGAAGAUGAGUUCUUUGGAGAAAAAAGCUUCCAAUAUUAUUGUGCAGAAUUCAUCAAACAUUCACAACAGAUAGGCGAUGGUUGGGAAUGGAAAACAGCCAAGGACUGUUCUGAUGGCUACAUGUGCAAAACACAGUUUCAAAUAAAAAAUGGGACAACAACAUCACAUCUGGGAACACCUGCCAGUGUACACACAUGUCUUCCAACAGAGGAGAAUUUAGAGCUACCUGUGGAUGAUUCUGAAGCGAUGGAGUCUGCAUCACCAUCUGAAGUGAUUAAAUAUGAGUAUCAUGUCUUAUACUCCUGCAGCUACCAAGUGCCCGUUCUUUACUUUAGGGCAAGCUUUUUAGAUGGGAGACCUUUAGCCCUGAAGGAUAUAUGGGAAGGAGUCCACGAAUGCUAUAAGACACGCCUGCUGCAGGGACCAUGGGACACCAUUACCCAGCAGGAGCAUCCUAUACUUGGGCAACCAUUCUUUGUUCUACAUCCCUGCAAGACAAAUGAAUUCAUGACCGCUGUGCUGAAGAAUCCUCAGGAAACCAAUAGAAAUGUCAACUACAUCACAUCAUGGCUGAGCAUCGUGGGGCCAGUUGUUGGUCUGAAUCUACCUCUGAGCUAUGCUAAAGCAACAUCACAGGAUGAGUGAUUUGUUGACAAGCAAGAAGCUGCAGCAUGGUGAACACCAAAACUGUACCUGGAGCCUUGGUGUUUUUGUAAACGGGACUGCAGU